AACAGUACAAUCAAUACAUCUUCCAAGUGGACAGCCAAAAGGUAUAAAAUUAGUUUUAGAAGAGCGUGAAUUGUGGUCUCAAAGUCAAUUGAAACGAAUUUGUAAUGAUUGCAAGAAGCAAUUACCAAUUUUAAUUAAUUGUUGUACAGUUCGAGUGCUUUUACUUCAACCUGAUUUUUUAGUACAAUGA